GAGACAAGGUCAUAUCCGUCAUUCCACAUCCCCACGCGUUAUAGCCCGGAACCCGAUUCUCCAAUCACACUUCCACACCACACUUCAUUUCUCUCAUUCAAUUCCAAUGGCUGAUGUAACCUAUCUCCGCCACCACCACGAACCCGACGACGAUCCAACCCUUAUCCCUUUACCCUAUUGGUCUUCCCCUUCCGAUUUCGAUCUCGAUUUUGAUCUCGAUUUAUACUCCUCCGAUCUCGAUUUCCAUCCCCACCACCACCAUCACCAUUUCUCUCGUGAAAAUUUCGUCAUGGAUCUCUUUCAACAGCGUGUAGAGCAAUCUCACGUCACCGAUUAUACCGAUAGUAUUCAUCAAUCUCUAAACGACUCCGUUUUCGAUGGUCUAAGUCUCGAUUUAGGAUUAAAUUCCACCGAUCUAUAUUUCGCUGAAGACGAUUUUACCGAUAUGAGGGUUUCGAGAUCAGAUCCAAUCAACGGUCUGCGUAUCGUUGAGAUUGAUUCGGAAUCUGAUGGUGAGGAAGUAAUCGGAAACGGAAAUGAAAACAUCAACGCGUUGUACGGGAUCUGCGUGCAUUCUGAUGAAGAAGAGUUUAGCAAUGUAAUCGACGAUGUUACGAGUUUUCCUUUCCGUUGGGAUUCUCUUCAGUUGGAUGAUAAUCAGGUAUAUGAAGAUUUUGAUUGGGAGGAAGUUGAUGGUCGUUUGGAUGGUAUGUCGGCCGGUAACGGUAACAGUAGGUCAGUUAGCGCUCUUCGCGAUUUUCCGUAUAUAGAAGAAGAUUUGGAAGAUGGAGGGGAGGUUACCUUGACAAGAAUUGGUGAAGACAUGGGAAAUCUCGAGUGGCAAGUGUUACCGAAUUCAAAUAAUUUAGGCACAAGCCCUGAUACCUACCAUGUAAUUGCGGAGCCGUUUGAGGAUAAUGAUGAUUACAUUCACACUGCAGAGUAUGAGAUGAUGUUUGGUCAAAUCAUCGGUAAUGAUAACCCUUCAGCGGGGAGGCCUCCGGCUUCUGUAACUGUCGUGCAAAACCUUCCGUUGGUGGUUGUGACGAAAGAUGAUGUGGACAACAACAAUGCUCUGUGUGCUGUUUGUAAAGAUGAAUUUGCUGUUGGAGAUGAGGUGAAGUUGUUGCCGUGUUCUCAUCGCUACCAUGGCGAUUGCAUUGUGCCGUGGUUGGGGAUUAGGAAUACUUGUCCUGUUUGUCGCUAUGAGUUCCCCACAGAUGAUGCUGAUUAUGAACGUAGGAAAGCGCCGAUGUUGGCACGGAGCGCUUGAUUGUAUGUCAUUGUUGCUAGGCUAUUGAGAGUUUAGGUUUUUUGGUCUUCAAAUAUUGCAUGCCUUUGUUAAAUUAUGGGUUUUUCCUAUGGAGAUUUUUUAAUAUAGGUCUGUUAACUUCCAAUUGUAUUGUAGGAUACAUCAUAAAAAUGAAUUAAUUUUCUAAGGAAUA